UUUGACUCAGCAAACGUUAAUGCUGAUGUUGUAAUUCAAGGGCAUUCGUAAAUGUAAUCGAGUUAAACCACGAACCCAAUGACGUAGGUCUACCUGACCGUUUCUAUGGAAACAGGUUGUUUUAUCCUGCUGGACAGACAGGUAACUUCAGUAAUCGACGGCGAGUGACAAUUCUACAGGUGUGAAAAUGUAUGGCGCUCCAGUGGAUUUAUCUUUUAAACACAUCAGCAGUUUGACAGAUGCCUGGUCAGUAGAACCCACGAGAGGCCUGCGGCCUUUAAAGAGAAAUUCACAGAUGAAAUACAACAGUCACUGCCUGCGUCUCAAUAACAACAACAUUGUUGACCUUGAUGAACUCCAGAUGACCAUCAACCACUUCUUGGCUGAGCCUUCACAGCUCGCCUGGCUCGACCUUUCAUUCAACAAAAUCACACACAUUGACCAUGUUCUGUGUGAGCUGCAUGAGCUUCGUGUGUUGUAUCUUCAUGGUAACAGCAUUUUUAUUCUGUCAGAGGUGGAGAAAUUGGGAGUGUUGCCAUAUCUACACACCAUCACUCUACACGGAAAUGCCAUAGAGGCCAACAAAUCUUACAGGAAACGUGUAAUAUCUGCUCUGCCUCGGUUAAAGACAAUGGACUUCAGUGCUGUGACACAGCAAGAGAGAGUCAUGGCAAACAUCUGGUAUCACAACAACAACCACAGGAGAAACAGCUUCGACACUCUACAGUGACUGCUGGCUCAUCUGCAUCAUGUGGUGUGUUGAAAUAAUAGUCUCAUUCAAAUGACCUGUGUCCUUCAUUGACCACUGAAAAACGGAAUAUAUGUAUUUCUAUAUGGUGUUUAUCUGCUGAAAUUCACCUUUUAUUAUUGGAUAGUCCAAAAAGAAGUCCGCAUUUGAUCUAUCCAGAAGAGUCAGUCACUAUGUUAACAUUGAUAGUAUUCUCUUCAUAUUAUGUACAACAUCGUCUGAAUCAUGUUUACAUUACAAAUAGUGCAGUAAAAACAAAUUCAACAUCA